CUGUUGCUAUCGCGGCAGUCGGCGGAGGAAGUCGUGCUGUGGCGGCCAUGUGUCUGCCUUGUUUACGUCAUCGAGGCACUGGCCGGCGCGAGUGUUGUUUCGCCUUGCGUCGCGACCUGCUCGGUUCGCGUGUGCCGCGCACUGAGUCACCACCGCUCUGACAUUGCACGCUGGUCUACUCCGUAAGAAGGCGCUUCGUGGCUCCCCGACCCGAGGCAGUGGCCGGAUGGCUGACAUGGAGGAUAUUGUGAUUAUAUCCAGCAAGCAGAGCCACGCUGCCGAGCUGUGGGUGCGCUAUCUCAAGUACUGCUUUGAGGAAGUGGGCAAGAUACACAAGAAGCCACCCUACAAAGUCCUAUGUGUGGGGAUUGAAGAGAUAGCUGGUGCUUCCCGGCCUCCUCCAGCACUUGAGGAGAAGAUGGUGCGAGUGAAACUGCAGGUGGUGGUGAUGUGCUCAAAGCUGCUUGACCAUGUGUACAACCAUCCAGGCCCAAGCACAGCACUUGGCCGCCUGCUGCAGCCAGAGCGGGUUGUCGCACUGUUGCUGGGUGUGGAGGAGUCGUCCGUUACUGAGCAGCAUCGUGCAGCACUAAUUUCAUACCUGCAGUGGAGGAAAAUGACAGUGAAGGACCAGGAUGAAGUAUUUGUCAGAAAUUUGCUGGAUACAGCGAUGGGAAUUCUGUCCAGAGCGUCACGACAGCAACGAAAACAUGGUGAAAAAGCGCAGUUUUCUUUGCAUCCAAAGAAAGUAAAAGAGCGGCAGAGUAAGGUCCUUGUGCUUCUCAAUGAACCACUGGGGGAAGACGAUAAAGUGAAUGUCAGUGUUGACAAGAAUGGUGAACGAUUACAAAUUGCCACUGUGUCUAGGAAAAAUCCAUAUGCAGUCUACUUCCAGCUACCAGAAAGCUGCCUUGAGGUAUCCAUGUUGGUAACCAUAUAUGUUGAAAAGAAUGGCCAGUCCUUGGGUGGGCACUUGCUGAAAUGUGAAAGUAAGAUGAGACAACUUGAUCAGAUUCUGCGAUCUUCUGAUAAUCCUUUGGAGUUCAUGUGCCAGACACUGGGCUUCAGUCCUGGUGACCGUGAACAUCUGGACAACUUUUUGGUAGCAGCAUUUCAGCGCAAUGUACCUGCCCAUUUUAAUCUACUGCAUGGGGCAAAUGUCUACCUCAGAUCACAUUCUAGUCCUGAAGAAUAUCCAACUCUCCUACAUUUUGCUGCAAGAUAUGGUUUGGAGAAAUUAGCAUGCCAACUGCUCGACUGCCCAGGUGGUGAGCAGGCAUGUAUAAUUCGCAAUGUGUGUGAUCUUACCCCUGCGGAGAUGGCAGACAGAGGUGGCCACUCCAAGUUGGCCCAGACUCUGAGAGGAUACAUGCAAAUGACAGAAUUCACCAGCAUGUACAGCUACCUCAAGAUCAUGAGUGAAGAGAAGGCAAAAUCAGGAGAAAAGGAGGAAACAGACUAUCUGCGACCAAGACCCCUCAGUGAAACAUACCAGGUACCUCCAUCAGCGCGCACUCUCAUGGAGCAAAAUUACCAAAUUCCACCAACUGCACGGCCCUACAACCAACAAAAUGACAGCAAAAAUUCCCACUCACCUGCCAGUAAAAGUGAAGAGCCUGAAUAUGAAAUAGCAGGAUACAUGGAAAUGCAUCCUUCAGGUUCACCAAACAGUAUUCAUCUAAAAAAUAGUCAAGAACUUACUGUUUCACCCACUACGACUCACAACCAAUCUCCUUCACCUAUGAGUAGUGAAAAUACAAGUGUACAUCAUUUGGAUCAGAUGAAUGGUUCAGAGGAUAAGUCAAGGACAGAUUCACCAAAUCAUAGUGCACUGUAUCCUUUAAUCAACAAUCUGAGUACAACCAGUUCUCCAGCAAGGCAUUACAACAGGUCUCCUUCACCCAUCAACUGUGAAACUACAAGUUCUCACCACUUGGAUCAAAUGAAUGGGUCAGAAGAUAAAUUAAGUAUAGGAUCAAGCAUAAAAAAGUCACAGGACCAUCUAAAUUAUGGAACACAAGAUGAACUCAUUGAAAUAAUAAAUGAUUUUAAAAACAAUGUAGUUACAAUUUCUGAAGUUGAAAAAUUUGUUGAAGCAUGGAAAAACAGAAAUGAUGUGCAACAGUCUUUUAAAGAGAAGCAGGCACAACUAAAUCUAAUGAGAGAAGAAUACGAACGCAUUCAGCGUCAAAUGAAAGAACACAUGAGGAGACCUACUCCAUUCGAUCGCAUUAGAAAUUUCUUCAGAGGCAAAGCAAAAGAAGCGAAGGACACCGCAAGUGAAACUUCAUCGCAACCAAGUGAGAGCUCCAGGGGGAUGAAUGGAGAUGUACUGUCUGUAUGUCAGAGGCCUGCUAGCAGCCUGAGCCUUCACAGUGUUUCAAGUUCGUCAACAUCCUCUGGCCGUAUGAGCACAGUGAGUGGCUGCAGCGGAACAAGCAUGGGUGACAGUGGAACACAUUCAGAUACUGAGGACAGAAAGCACAUCUGUGACUUCAGCAAAAUGAAUGGAAGAACGACUGUUCAGAAUUAUGAAGUUCCUCCAGCACCUCGACCACUUCAAGCAAAAUGGCAGUCUCCCCAUUUGGCGACGUGCAUAGAGGACCGACCACCACAGCCAGUGCCUCGCCCAGAUUUGAAUGGAGAGAGCAUACCAGUAGAUUCUGAAGAACGCGCCAGCUAUGGUAGUUACAUAGCACCAGAUAAACUAGCUCCACCGGGCAGCACUGGUCGAACUCUUAUGCUGAAGUCUCCAGUUAGCAGAAGGAAGGGAUACAUUCAGACUGAAGAUACCCAAACAGAAGCAGAAUACUUGAAAAUUGAGGCAUCUGAAAAUAAUGAGAAAGACACUGUAACCCCACUAACACCAAAUUCCCCAGCACCUGACUACAUGAAUGUGCAUGUUGGCAUUGAAUCUAACUUUCCUGACUACAUGAAUGUUGAAAUUUCAAACAACGUUAACCCUGCACCCCCUAUUCCACCCCGAGGUAAGAUUACUGAUUUCUUGACAUAAAAUUUUCAGAAGCUUCUGGUAUUUUUUCUGUAAAAAGGAAGGAUCCUAUUUUGUACUGACAGUACUAUAACCACAUGACAAAUAAAGUCUAUUUGCUUUACAGUUCCUUAAAAAAAUGAAGAUAUGGACAUCAAAGAUCAGUAAAGCAUUUGAGGAACAAAAAGAGAUUGUUUAAUAAGGUGACAUAAUGUGCCAUGUUGUGCAGCUGAAUCUACAUAAAGAAAAGACGUGGAAAUUUUACUAUAACAUACAAUUGUCUAGUCUGAACUACACUUCUGCUUCCAGAUAUAUGAGUGUUGUGCAGUGUCUGUUGUACAUUAAUUUGCAUGUAUUUCAGACUGAACAUACUGUUUGUGUCACUAUGUUGAAGUGAAUGCUGUAAAUGCUUGUGUUGGUGAAUAAUUUAAAUUUACAUUUGGAAGGCAUAGAAUUUUUGCUGUAUUUUUGUGACUGAAAAUAAUGAUUCCAUUUACGCUGAGUAAAUCUUGUAAUAUUUAUUUCAAGUGCAUUCAAAUUCAGAGAGUUCAUUUGUGAGAAGAGGGGCCUAAAACACUGUGUGGUACAGAAAUUCUGUUUCUUUUCAUAAAUGUUAUAUGUAGAACAUUCAUUCCUCUUGAGUCCACAUAUUAUGUACAUGUUGUUGCAUAUUGUAUAAAUGUUUUAUAGAAACAUAUUUUUGUACAUUAGGCAGGUAUUUAUGUAAACUGAUUAUGUAAUUAAUUACAGUUAUGUAAUUAAACUUAAGUAUGACUUUCCCCAAUUAUGCAAAUAAUAGUCAAUAGUUUAGUGGUAUUUUUAUGCACAAUUUUCACAUUAUUUGUGAAAAUUUCUAUUGUAUAUAUUAAAUGUAAUUUAUAAAUGCAUGAAGCAUUACUUUUAUGUAACUUUCCCAAGCUCAGAGCUGGUGUGUAUAAUGAUGCUAGGGUCAGAGGCUGUUACUCUGGUGGGAACAAGAACUACUACAGUGAAAUAAUUAUUUUGCAGCUGUGCAAAAUUUGACAAUAAUGUUUAGCAGAAAUGUACAUCAUCAUUACUUCAAAUCCAUUUUUCAUGUGGCUCAUUUUUAUGGACUGUUGUGGAUAGCAGCUUUGUACUUUAUAAUGUGUCAUCAUUUACAGUGAAUGUGGAAUUGUUUAAUAGGAAAUUUAGGUUUAAUUGUGUGAAAAUAAAUCUGAAUCCACUCAUCUCAAAAUAACUGUAUAAUUUAAGUUAUUUUUAUACUGAGUUAUACAAAUAUUUGCCUGUUUAUCAGUGAAUUGAGUUAUUUUCCAUACAAAUAUAUUGUCAGAUCCCACCAUCUGCUUGUAUAAAAGCCUGAGUAAAAAUGAACUCUACCAGCAUAAUUUGAGAUUGUAUUUCUGUGAGAUAUUUGUAGUAAUGUCAGUGUGCUGUUCGUGUAUGUAUGUAAUGUGAAUUUGAUAUUUGAUAUUUGUGCCUAAUUGAAAUAAUAAAAUACAAAAAGAAAAAACUUUUUUGAUGAAAAUCACUGUACAUUAUGAUAAUGUUUGGAAGUACAGAGAGUUCAUAGAUAGUUUCUGAAUGCAUAUUGCUGUGUGCUGUCAGAGUGACAAGAGAGGACAAGUGUUGUUGUGUUAUAGAAAGAAGAGUGAUGGGAAAAUUUCAGAAACACAUUGAAUUUUCAUUGUUUUUGUGGGCAGCUCAUAUUUAUUUGUUAUUAGUGUUCAAACUGCCAUAAAAUAUUCUUUCAAAAUUUUAUCUACACUUCUCACACUGUUUGUAUUCUCCCUCUACCCUCUUGCACA